AUGCUAAGACUACAAAAAUUAGAAUACCACACCUACGCCCUCCCGGAGGAGCGUAGGCUAACAGUCGUCAUCAAGGGUCUCCCCGCGGAGAUUCCCAUUGAUGAAAUAAAAGAGGACCUUAAGUCCCAAAACCUGCCAGUUUUAGAGGUGCAUCGUAUGCACAAGCCAAACAAAAAACCAUUCGAUAUGGUGCUAGUCCCCCUGUCGCUUACCAGGGAAGGUAAAGAGAUAUUCAAUAUAGCCUCAGUAUGUCAGUUAUUCGGACUGACAAUAGAGCCACCGUUAAACCGCCUCGCCCCGGGGCAAUGUCACUCCUAG